AGAAGGUUCCCCAAAAUCACCUCACCAGUAUGGGAAUUAUCUCACAAGAAACCCAUGAGCCAGCAAGGACUUCACAACAAUCCUGGACGGUAGUGACACUGGGAGAAAAGGAGAGCGGGAGAGAGGGAGAGAGAGAGGCUCUACACUUCAUCCACAGCUGAUGCAGCCAGUUUCAUCCUCAGACUUUUGCUCAAAGCUACACACGGACUGGACUAAGGGCUCCUACUGCUUCCAGAAGACUAUGGCCUCAACUGCUUUUUUUAAAGGCACAGGCCUCCUGUUCUUCUUACUACUGGGACCGCAGCCAUCGUCAUUUGUUUCAGGACAAAACACAACCUUAAGUUCCAAUUCAACCACCGAUGCUGCAACCACGGUCGCUGCAACAGCAACUGUGAUGUCAACUGCAAUGAGUACUGUCUCUGCAGCAACUAUCGUGACAGCUACCACAGCUCAAGCUACAAUGACGUCUGGCAUUUCUUCUAUGAAUGUUACAAUGUCAUCUGGCAUUUCUUCUACGAAUGUUACAAUGUCGUCUGGCAUUUCUUCUACGAAUGUUACAAUGUCGUCUGGCAUUUCUUCUACGAAUGUUACAAUGUCGUCUGGCAUUUCUUCUACGAAUGUUACAAUGUCGUCUGGCAUUUCUUCUAUGAAUGUUACAAAGUCGUCUGGCAUUUCUUCUACGAAUGUUACAAUGUCGUCUGGCAUUUCUUCUACGAAUGUUACAAUGUCGUCUGGCAUUUCUUCUACGAAUGUUACAAUGUCGUCUGGCAUUUCUUCUAUGAAUGUUACAAAGUCGUCUGGCAUUUCUUCUACGAAUGUUACAAUGUCGUCUGGCAUUUCUUCUACGAAUGUUACAAUGUCGUCUGGCAUUUCUUCUACGAAUGUUACAAUGUCGCCUGGCGCUGCUGCUAAUAAGGCUACCUCCACCUCCAAUUCGUCCAAUAUAGGUAGUGGAACCACGAGCACGGACAAUACCACUUCAUGGGGCACCAGUGGCAUGACCAUGAUAUCCUGUCGCCAGUUCUCCUGUAACUACUCAGACUGCUACAGUGUGUACAAGAAUAUUACUGCUUUUUCAUGUGAUGCUAAUAUCACCUUCUGUGAGCUGAGGAGACAGGAAAACAUGACUUACACCAGUGGCUGCAUUGCCUCCUGCAGUAAUGUCUGUGUCAACAACACUCAGACCAACUGUACCAUGGGAUGCUGCAACUCCACUGGCUGUCUUAGCUCUACCCUGGCCUCCAUGGAUCUCACAAACACUACAACAGUGACUACAGUGAUGAUGACCACCACCACAACAAAAGCAGCAGCCACCACUACAACUGCUGAACCAACCAAUAAUCUUAAGAAGUGCCAGAUGUUUCAGUGCACAGAGCAGAACUGUUACAAGACUUGGAUAACCAAAGAUCCAAUGCCUUGUCCCCUCAACCAGCCCUACUGUGAGCUGAAAAAGAAGACAGAUGGUUCAAUAACAAUGUGGAUUGGAGGCUGCAAUGCCAACUGCACAAGAAACACCUGGUGUACGACCACAGCAGAAACAUGCCACCAAGAGUGCUGCAACACCUCCAUAACCUCCUGCCUCAAGCUGGAUGGUACUCUGAACGUUCCUUCUUCUGCCACUAGAGGUCCUCACUUCCCUUUAGCAUUGGUCACUGCUGCUCUGCUGGCUUGUCUGCUCAGCAUUGGUUCUCUGGUUUAAACAAAUACCUUGACUUGUCCAUUGCAAAAAUUGUUUAAAACGUUUCCCGUUGUGUGACCUAAUGAACACAACCCUGAUGUGUCGACCCACUGAGCCAUUGCUUGAAUAUUAAACAGCGGUUGUAGUUAGCACAGCAAAACCUGGUUUCCAUUCCACAUGAAUACUAUACUGGUUGUAGGUCUAACCUACUCUGUUUUUGUUUGUUUGUUUGUUUGUGUAUGAGAUGUAUUGAGAUACUGUAUAUGUGCUUUUGAGAGAUUUAGGUGAUUUAAGUGAUAAUGAUUCCCCUGUGUGAGUCCAAACCAAAUGGGUUUAAAGGGUAUUGUUGAAGAAUAUGAGGAUUAAUACGGCUACAGAAAACUAUUCAACCAUACCAUCAUACCCAUUUAUAAAUCAGUAAUGCCCAAAACAUAAUACAUGGAAGAUGAUAGCUAUUUACGAUCAAACAUGAUUGACCUAGUGUAUGGUACAGUAAUUCAUUAUCAGCUUUUUGAUACUUAUUGAGAUUUAUGUAAGAUGAAGUUUACAAUUAUGACUUUUUCAUAAAUGUCCAAUUUUUUUAGGCACACUGUUAUUUUCUUUCGCCAGUGGUUUGCAUGAUGACUUGUAUGUUUUCUUUGAUUUUGCACUUGCAAAGACCUAGCUUGGUCUCAGAUCUGGUUGUGCUCUUGCUAACUCAAUUGCUCAUUGACAAACCAAACAUGCCUAGGACAAGGAGUUGGCAUAAUAGCACAAACAGACUGGCACUCAGGCUAAAUACUUUCUCCAAUACAAAAGCAAACACCUGUUCUUUACAGAUAUUGCAUAAUAACUCAGUUAUUACCUAGUCCUAGCUAGCAUAUUGUGAAGGAAAGCUUGACGAUUUAUGCACUUAUUUAAAAAAACAUAUCUACUGGGCUAUAGAAGGUGUAAGUCAUACCUGUGAAUGUAGUCAUAAUAAUAAUAAUAUGCCAUUUAGCAGACGCUUUUAUCCAAAGUGACUUACAGUCAUGUGUGCAUACAU